AUGGUAUGUCGAUUGGGAGUGUUAAAUUAGGGAGUCGAGGUGUAGAAAGGAUACUCCGAGAAUUUAAGCGAAAAGAGUUUAGUUUUGUAAAAGAAGCCCGUCAUCACGAUAUAUUUUUUAUAGGGUUGGGGUAGAGAUAAGGGUGUUUUUAACUCUAAUUUUUACUGUGGUGUGAACGGGUUACACUCAGGUUUAGAAGCUUAAAAGUAUAGCUAGGUGCUGUUUUUGUUUUUGAUUAUUAGAAACACAUAUGAAGUUCUCGUCAUGACGGGCAACUUAGGAGGUUACAUUUCUUGUGAUUUUUCGGAAAUAUUUUAGAACUUUUUCUCUUUUUCGGGAGGUGUUUGGGAAUUAAAAGAUGUGAGGUGCCGUAAAAGCAAUUUUAUAAGAAGUAAUAACUAGUUUUGCCAUUAAUCAUGUCGUCAUGACGGUAUUGGGGUACUUUUAUAUUGCUCAUGAGAUGAUUGACUUUCCUGUUUAAUUUUUCGCGUUUAAAUACAUUUUUCUUUCAGAAGUACGUCCAGCAUUGCCCUAUGGUUGAAGGGCAAGCUAGAGUAAAAGUUGAAAACAAAACAGACCAUUCCUUGAAGAUGCACAGUGCAAUUGUUUGGAGGUAGGCGAAACUUUGUUAACAAAAGCGGGUUUGGUUGAUGGAGGGUUAGAAAUCCGUUUGAGUUUGGAUUCGAACGAUGUAGCUGGCUACAUUCGUCGCCGCGGGGAUAUAGGGCUCGUGGUCUUUACUUUUCAUCGGCUCUGCGAAUUUGUUUUGCAAAAAGGCGUUCAGUAUGCCCUGCUGAACGCCUUUUGGCAAAAUCGGUUCAGCGGUUUCUUCUGUAAGAUAUUUCGUGAACGGGAAAUGGCAAAAGCCGUUCAUUUUGUGAAUUUUCGUUCUGUUUUUUUUUUGUAGAUUUCGAAACCGUCUGAACUAGUUCAGAGUCGGUUGAACUAGUGCAAAAAACCGAGGUCUUUGACCACGUGAACCUGUUCAUUUUUCUUUGAAAAUUUCGUAACCAGUGAGUUGGUUCAAUGUUUUGUGAAUCGAUUCAAACAUUGAACCCGCUUUCCAAUCGGCUCUGAACGGGUUGGACACCACACGUCAAAAUAAAAAGGGAAUUUCGUCAAAGCCGUGGCGAUCCGCGAAAUAACGAUUUGCGAUUGGCGAGAGGAAGAGGGCGCACGCACAAAAAGGAAGAGAGCGGUCAGAGAAAGAAGAAAAAAUCGGCCGUUGCUUUUCGCUGCGGCCCCUCACGAAAUUUCGUUUUUCUUCUAUUUUCAUUCUGACGUGCACCAGUUCAAACCGUGAACGGUUUUUGCAAAAAGGCGUUCAGAAUUUCCGCAAAACAAAUUCGCAGAGCCAAUGAAAAGUAAAGACCCCGAGCCCUAUAUUGAAAGCGAUUUUAUACGAAGUAAUUACCAGUUUUUGCCAUUAUUCAUGUCGUCAUGACGGUAUUGGGAUAUUUUUAUAUUGCUGAUGAGAUGAUUAACUUUCCGGCUUAAUUUCUCGCGUUUAAACACAUUUUUCUUUCAGAAUGACAUUUGGGCAUGCUUACGGUCGACGAGCUAGAUUGAUCGGAAUCGAAGAACAAGAUAGCCCAAGAAGAAGACAGCGAAGAACCGAGCCCUGCAUUCCAUGGUAA